GCAGCCACUCUCGCCUGUCUCGGCAGCAGUGUAGUAGUAAUCAGCCUGCCGCGCUCUGAGCUCGCAUUUUGUGUCACGGUGCCACCGGGAGAGGGGCGACAGACUGCUGUGUGUCAGGGGAUACCAGUCACCAUCCGCACGGUUCAAGCGACAUCCUGCCGCGGGCAAUGACAUUGGCAGACUGAAGUGGGAAUACACGAGGAAACGCAAAAAUGACGGUGGACUUUGAAGAAUGUAUUAAAGAUUCACCCCGAUUCAGGGCUGGCAUUGAUGACGUGGAGACAGAUGUGGUGGAGAUUGAGGCAAAGCUCGACAAGCUGGUGAAGCUGUGCAGCGGGAUGAUCGAGGCCGGCAGGGCCUACGUCAGCGCCAACAAACUCUUUGUGAACGGCAUCAAGGACCUGUCACAGCAGUGCAAGAAGGAGGAGAUGAUAUCGGAAUGUCUUGAAAAGUGUGGAGAAAGCCUCCAGGAGAUUGUCAACUACCACAUGAUUUUGUUUGACCAGGCUCAGAGGUCGAUCAAGCAGCAGCUUCACACCUUCAUUAAAGAGGAUGUACGUAAGUUCAAGGACACCAAGAAGCAGUUUGACCGGGUGCGUGAGGACAUGGAGCUGGCCCAGGUGAAGAACGCCCAGGCACCCAGGAACAAGGUGCACGAGGCUGAGGAGGCCACACAGGCCCUUGUCCUCAGCCGCAAAGCUUUUAGGCACCUGGCCCUAGACUACGUGCUACAGAUUAAUGUGCUUCAGGCCAAGAAGAAGUUUGAAAUCCUGGAUGCAAUGCUGUCCUUCAUGCGUGCCCAGUACACUCUUUUCCAACAAGGCUUUAACAUCUUGGAUGAGAUUGACCCCUACAUGAAAAAACUGGCUGCGCAGCUGGAUCAGCUGGUCAUCGACUCGGCCAUGGAGAAGAGGGAGCUGGAGCACAAACAUGCCAUCAUCCAGCAGAGAACUCUGAUGCAGGACUUUUCUUAUGAUGACCCCAAGUUGGAAUUCAAUGUGGAUGCACCCAAUGGCGUGGUCAUGGAGGGCUACCUCUUCAAGAGGGCCAGCAAUGCGUUCAAGACCUGGAACAGGCGGUGGUUUUCUAUACAAAACAGCCAGCUGGUCUACCAAAAGAAGCUCAAGGACUCUUUGACGGUGGUGGUGGAGGACCUGAGGCUGUGCUCAGUCAAACCCUGUGAAGAUAAUGAGAGGAGGUUCUGCUUUGAGGUGGUUUCACCCACUAAGAGCUGUAUGCUGCAGGCUGAAUCGGAGAAGCUGCGGCAGGCUUGGAUCCAGGCAGUCCAGGCAAGCAUCGCCAGUGCUUAUAAAGACAUCGCCGACAAUUAUUACAUUGAGCGUUUGGACAGGACAGCCUCGCCCUCCACCAGCAGCAUCGAUUCUGCCAGUGAGCCCAGAGAGAGGGGGGAGAGGGGAGUUCGGGGAGGUGGGGAAAGCCUCCUCCAGAGGGUGCAGAGCCUGCCAGGCAACGAGCUGUGCUGUGACUGUGGCCAAACAGCUCCCUGCUGGGCCUCCAUCAACCUGGGAGUGCUGCUCUGCAUUGAGUGCUCAGGAAUCCACAGGAGUUUAGGCGUCCAUUGCUCUAAAGUGCGUUCACUGACGUUAGACUCAUGGGAGCCAGAAUUACUCAAGCUGAUGUGUGAAUUGGGGAACACUGUGAUCAACCACAUUUACGAGGGAACCUGCGAAGAGCUGGGAGCAAAAAAACCUGGACCAUCCAGUUCAAGACAGGAGAAAGAGACCUGGAUCAAGGCUAAAUACGUGGAGAAACGCUUCCUAAAGAAGAUGAGUGGGAGCGAGGCACUGGUGGAGGGUGAAAGGAAGUCCCGGCCAUGGACGGUGAAGAAGUGCCAGCGACACAGCAGUUCUGCUCGGGCCCCCAACAAGGCCCGCAGGAAAUACCACCGCUAUGAGCCGGGCAGCGCUUCACCUGCAAACCUCUCUGCAGCAGCUGCAGCAAAGUUUCGCCGGGACUCCCUGUUUUGUCCAGAUGAGCUGGAUUCACUAUUUUCCUACUUUGACACUGGCUCUGGUCCUCGCAGUCUUAGCAGUGACAGCGGCCUGGGAGGAAGCACUGACGGCAGCACAGACAUCCUGGUAUUUGGCUCGGUGGUGGACAGUGUCACAGAAGAAGAGGAGGAGUCGGAGGAGUCCUCAAGUGGUGAGGUGGAGAUCGAACAGGAAGUAUCUUCAGACCCCGAAGACCCGAGGGAGUUCCACCCCGGGGCGCUCCUCCACCGAUCCGCCCGUCUACACAACCUGCCGCUCAUGGCGGAGGCACUGGCACACGGUGCUGACGUACACGCUGCAAGUGAGGAGGAGGAGGCAAAAACGCCACUCAUUCAGGCCGUAAUCGGGGGCUCUCUGAUAGCUUGUGAGUUCCUGCUGCAGAACGGAGCCGAUGUGAACCAGAGGGACAUGAGAGGCAGAGGCCCACUGCACCAUGCCACCUACCUCGGACACACUGGUCAGGUGUGUCUGUUCCUGAAGAGAGGAGCUUCACAGACGGAGGUGGAUGAGCAGGGCCAUGACCCCCUAAGUAUUGCUGUCCAGGCCGCCAAUGCAGACAUCGUCACCCUACUGCGCCUAGCGCGGAUGAAUGAGGAGAUGCGAGAGGCGGAGGCUCCGUUGGGUCAACCAGGUCAAUACCACAGCAGCAGCCCCACUGAGCAGCAGUAUAGAAAGUGCAUCCAGGAAUUCAUCUGCCUCACCAUAGACGAAUGCUAGUGGUCCCUUUAUUUAUUUAUAUAUAUAUAUAUAUAUAUAUAUAUAUAUAUAAAUAUACCUAGCUUAUGAUGAAGAAGCUUGGGGUGUCUGAGGAUAGAGGAGCGUACCACUUGCUCAUUAUGGGGGUGCCUUGUGUUGUAGGGAGACCCCUGAUGGACCUUUUUAACUCUACUAACACUACAGUCACCAUCUACAUUUUUCAUCACCACUACGUUUCUGCUUGCCAUUACUCGGAACCACCCAUGCUAUGCUAGCUACAUGACACACAGUAAAAUGACAUGUGGUUUUUGGUGUUUUGCUAACAGGGUUGUCCUCUAACUUAUCAUAACGUGGUGUGAGCCCUUGUGUGAGGGUGUGUGGGUUGCCUAACAGCUCUUCGCUGCAUUAACCCCCUUACACAUUAUAUCUCUCCCGACCAUCUAUGACCAUCCAACUUACCCAUCUCUUCUUAAUCGGAGAUGUAAAUAUACGUAUUUAGAAGUUGUAUGGGUAAUCUUUAAACUAUGUGCUGUGGCAUGAGGUGAAAAAAAUGGUAUUUGUUCCAUUACUAAAAGAAAAAGAGUAACUGACAAGCUACAGUGGAGGUGGGCAGGGUAAUUUACUGUGUAUAAAGAGGUGUCAGGAAGGGACAUUUAAUGUAAAACUGUGACAAAAUUACUCAAGGGCUUGUGGAAAAGAGACCUCUUGCCUGCGUUGUAAGAUACUUUGUGAGUGAGUGAGUGAGUGAGUGAGGAGAGUAAAUGAGUGCAUGUGUCAAAGAAUACUGAGAAACCUAGUUAAAUCAUGAUAUGAUACAUAAUGUUUUAAUGUAAAGGAGAAAAAAAAAGAUUCUGCACUUUUCCCACCUACAGUAUUAUAUUUUUGUUUAUUUUCAUUCAGUCAGCUUUUACAUUGUUCUUGUCUAGUCCAGUCUAUUGUCCAUCUCUCUAUUGUCUAUUUUAUUCCUUUCUUUGUAUUUUUGUUUUAUCUCCACAAGAGGACCAGUGCAAUGCAUUCUUGGAUGCAGUUUACUUCUGCAUUUCUGUUAUUGAUUGUCAUUUUAAUCUGAAAGCAUUACUUGGACUUUUUGACAGGAAGUAUUUAGAUUACAUCAUGUAAUAGCACUCAUAAAAGACAUGUUGCUUUAAUUUUCCCUUUGGAAAGGCCUUAAAUUGCUAUGAGUAAGAUUACUGAUACUCAAACACACCACUGGAAGAGAUUUUAUUAGUUUAUCUAUGGAACUUGGAGUUACAAUGUACCAUUGUUUUAAAAUUAGUUGCAGUCAUUCGUUGUUCACUAGUGAGGAUGAGAACUCGUCAAGUUGUGAAGGUGAAGUGCAGACAAAGCCGGAGCAGAAAGUCUUGUAGUGCAAUGAGCGAGUGUAUAAAGCUGGAUUUAUGGCUCGUCCUUCCAUCCAUUGCCUUUCCCAGUGCAAAGGGGAAUCAUGGCGCCUCCAUGUUGUUGUAAAUACUCAUCCAUGUUACAGUGUCUGUGGUGAGAUAAAGGAGCACAUUUCUUUACGUGUUUACACACUUGUGGGGUCAAAGGACGUAUAUAUCUGGCUUCCCUCACUGGUCAAUGCUUACAAUGUUCUCUGCAUGCUUUGCCAGAGUCAUUAGUGGGAGGUUCAACAUCGUUUGCGUUCUGAGCAUGAUAAAAUAUUUUUCAAUGGUUUGAUCACGUCGUGCAGUGCAGUCCUGUGAAAUGAGCAUGCACCACCAUGACCCCUCUGGUGUUUCUUACUUUUUGCACCUCUGUGCCAUUCUUCCAUCCAUGGACCAAAUCUGUGGUGACUUCUUCAUUCCUGUCUUUUUUUGUUUGUUUGUUUGUUUUCACAAAAGCUUAGUAACAGUGAUUUUAGUUAUUGUUUGUAUCUUGUGGUUUAUUUUCCUCUGCCAAAGACUUUUUAAAGGGAAAGUGUCUGACAUUGUUGUAUGAUAUCACCGUUUUUUUUGUUUUUUAAACUGAAACUGUUCAGAGUAGGUACAGCAUAGUCUUGACAUGCUUUGUGAAGUGACAGAGUGGUAGAAACACUGUUGGUGUACUCACCUGCUCAAAAGAGGUUAUAGAAAUGUGACAGACCUGAGAGAUUUUGAUAUGGCAGGUUAUAUUCUGCAAUAGUUCAAUGUACUGCAAGUAGAACCAGUCUAGGGGGUGAUGUGAUGCUACUGUGACCAAACUGUUAAGGGCCCUAGCCCUAGCUGAAGUAUUAAAUGUUGUGUCCAUUGUGUGUAUUGACAUAGGAGUGGUUAAAGGUGCUGUUCAAAGCAAACAUGCUGUAAAUAGUACACUUGUGUAUUUUAACUUGAUGCCAGCUGCCUGCUUCUCAGCAUUCAAUCACAGAUCCCGACUGUCUGAUCUGUUUUAUGUAUCUCUUUCAAAAAGCAACCUGUCAGACCAAACUGACUCGGAGGCGUUCUUCUGUCCACUGACAUUUGGAUAUCUUUGGAAUACUUUCUUCCUUGUCUUUAGAAGCACUGAGUGGGGGGAAAAAAAAGAAAAACAAAAUGCAUACAAUAAAACUGAGAAUCUCUUGAUGAACUAA